AUGGCGCUAUUACGGCGCAGACUGCGCUGCCAUUACUGCAAUACACUGUCACGCGACACUGUCUCACAGAUACCUAAGACAUUUCACUGUCCGCAAUGCGACGCCGUGAAUCACUUCGACGAACGCGGCAACAUCACCGAUCCGCCCAUCGAAGAAGUCGCGACCGCCCCUCAAGCCUCCUUCCAACACCUGCGCUCCCGCUCCCCAACACCCGCCAUGUCCGUACCCGGUGACGACAUCUUCUGCGACACAUGCCAGCGCAACCAGACCCUCUACGCAAAGCUCUUGGGUGAGUACCUUCCGGAAGAGGAUGAUCCGACGUAUGGGCAAUUCUUAGCGGCGUACGAGGACUACAAGGACGAGCUCGAGACCCGGUACCCGCAGGUCUGUAGCGAAUGUCUGCCUCGAGUCCAACAUCAGAUCCGGAACGCGAACCAUAUUGCCAGAGCAGACAACCUGGCGCGUAUCAUGGAAGCGAGUAAACAGAAGCGUACAACUGUACACACCCACCGACAAGCGUGGACAUUGAGGUUCAUUUCGCUGGCGAAGUGGACCUAUGUCGUGAGCACAGCAAUAGGAAUUGUCUGGCAUGCUGCUGGACUGUACAUGGGCCCGGAUGAGGGUAUACGGGCGUACCAAGUUUUCAGCUGGGAUACUUGUUGGACUCAGGCAAAGUCGGGAUGUUGGAUGGACGAAAUCUGUGUACUUUCGCCCGUGAUACUCAAGUGGCUGAACUUUGCGAUUAUCGCCGAUGCUCUCACAAUCUGGUGGAACCCCAAGCUGAAGCUCAAGACGAACAGCCUUACGGGCAGGAUGCGCGGGCUCAUGUCACUAUGGAUGAUUCGAAUUACUGCCGUGGCUCUUCGUUUCCUAACCCUAUACUACUGGAAAGGUCACACCAUCAACAACGACACGUUGACACUAUUCCGGUACACACAUGUGUGUAUGCUCGGAAUAUUAACCUUCUCGUCUAUCAUGACAUGGAAGGCGGUCCGCAUAGUCUACGGCGCCGCGCCCUCUUUUCUGAAAACGGCUCGCGAACCCGUACCCAGCGCACCCGAUAGCGCACAGAAGGCAAGAAGAGGCUCUUACCACCCCGCUCAUCCCCAAGCAAGCGUUUUCGAUAGUAUAGCGCCCGAUUUUGCAAAUGGCAUGGAUCAGUGCAAGGAGUCCUCCCCUCUUCCCCCGUCCCCCACUAUCUCAGAAGCCUCCUUCACCACACAUGCUACCGACGUCACCACACCCUAUGCUCAGCGAUCUACAUUCUUGGGCGCAGAUGACAUGGACUGGACACCGACCAAGAAUUCUGGAAGUCGGUUCUCUUCACAACCCCCAGAAAUUAUACCCAACCACUUCUCCAAGACGACAUCUCGUCAGCCAGCAACACCCCCUCGCUUCAGAGAACCCCACUCCAUCUUCUCCAAACCAGACCCGAAUCCAUUCCGUCACCGGGUCCCUGCACCGCCGCCACCCUCGCUCGGCGCCAACCAAAAGCCUAACCCCUGGAAACCAAGUGUCUGGGCGCCUCCUCUCAAGGAAAACGCACCCAAGUUCUUCAAAGGAGACCAGAAGGCGCAAGGAGGUGCGGGAGAGAUACCGGGUUUAGAUGGCUUUGGUGUACCGAAGAACGUCAAGAGGGAUGCUGAGCUCUUCGCCAGCCCGAAGCUCAAGUAUGAAUACUACGGGACUAUGAAGGACACUGGACUGGAGGACACGUUUAAUGCCAUGUUUACGAAAUAA